CUAGCCCUCAUAAAACAAUAAUCCAACACUUAACCCUUCAUCAAUAUAUAAAACAAAACAAAGAUGAAAAGAAUAACAAAAAUUUUGGUGAUGCUAAUAAAGUUUUUGAGUAUAACUCCGUUGGGUUUACUGGCACAAAAUCAUCCAAACGACUAUCUUGAAAUUCAUAAUAAAGCACGUGCAAGUGUUGGAGUUGAUGUGAAGAUGGAGUGGGACAAGGUCCUAGAAAUAGAAGCUCAAGAUUUCUUGUUUGAACACAAGGGAGAUUGCUUGAAGGCAGGACCCGGGGCGCAUUUUAGCGUGGGUCAGAACAAUGCACGCAAAUUGGGAUCCCUAAACUUCAGUGGAGUCGACGCUGUGAGAACGUGGGUGGAACAGAAGAAACAUUACAACUACAAAACCAACUCUUGUGUUGGUGGUGACUGUCGUGCCUAUAAACAGGUUGUUUGGAAGACCACUACUCAUGUAGGUUGUGGUAGAGUCAUAUGUCACAAUGAUGCAGGCAUUCUUAUUACUUGUGUUUAUGAUCCUCCCGGGAACAUUCCAGCCAUUCAUCCCUAUUAAUUUCUUUAUUUAUUAAUUAUUAAUUAUCAGAUUAAACUCUACUAUGAUAUUUAUUGUUACUAAAUAAAAAUGAGUAAUUACAAGUCUUCUACUAAA